UACUGAGGCGGGCUCCGCAGCUACGAACCAAAGCUCGGCUUCCGGCUCCCGCUCAGACUCCGCCUCCUUCCGGAGGAGGUGGGUGGUGCGGCUGCAGGACCUGGGCUCGGGCCGGAGGCUGGGAAGAAGACGGGAUUUAUCUCGCCCGUCCUCCCAUCUCCUAGGCUUGUCUCGCGGGAACUAGGAGGAACCACCGAGAUGCGGGGUCCUCCAGUUACUAGAGGGACUCUCAGGGACGGUUUGGUCGGCGGCUCCUGAGUCUUAACUGUUCCUCAAGACCCGAAUAAAAGAGGUCAGAUAAUGACAGCAAUGUCCUUAACAGCUGGGCCCCAGGAACUGGUGACUUUUGAGGAUGUGGCCGUGUACUUCACUGCGGAGGAAUGGGCCAGCCUGGGACCCGCUCAGAGGGCCCUGUACAGGGAUGUGAUGCUAGAGAACUAUGCGGCUGUGGCCUUCCUAGUAGCAUCACCCAGUUUCAAACCAGCUCUGAUCUCUCAGCUGGAACAAGGGAAAGAGCCGUGUUUCAUCGAGCCACAAGGUCAGAGUUGGAAAGCAGACCUUGCAGGAUACAGCGCAAAAUUAAGAAGAUGUAUCCGUUUAGCUAAAAUGAUGUCAGAUGCCAUAAAAUUAAAACUUCUUCAGAAUCAUCUCUUGUGGGAAGACAGAACAAAGGCUUAAUUCCUUACGUUUAAAUACCACUUUUCAGAGUAAGCAGUUGAUUUAAGAGCCAUCUUAAAUGAUGUCAAGUAUGCAUUUUCUUCUGCUGACACAUGCAUUUCCUAGAUUUAAUGUUUUUCAUUCAUUAAAAUUGUUCAUGUUGAUAUACAAA